AAGGCGCAAUCAGCGAACGCGUCCUUUCACUCGACUCGCGGGAUUUGUGUUCUUAGCGAAUUGUGCACCCCGCACCACUUUGAGUCCUCAUCGCUCCACCCGGUCAACCUCGGGGUCUCAUUCUGUCCACUUAAUGCCGACCAACUCAUUUCUCGCACCUUUACGAAUUUUAUUCGUAUAUUUAGAUUCAAUUCCAUGCACACCCAUCAAAUCCCAUGGUCCUUGCAUUCGGCGACGUGUGCAACCUUCUGGAAGGAGCAGAGAAGAUCGCAAGUCGUCACUCGCGAUGUGCCCCGGAUGAGGAAGAACUACGUAUCCGACAACAUGUGACAAGAUGGUUCGAACAACAUCGGGCAGACCUAGAUGAUGUCGAGACUCCAGCGGCUGCUGUACUUUCAGCUAUAUUUCCCCAUCGGCGAAAGGACAGGGUUUAUGGCCUGCAACCGCCGUCACUCUCCAAAAAGAUCACACAACUACUAAAUCUGAAUCACGGGCAAAAGGUUCUUUUCGGUGGCUGGUCAACCGGUGCUUAUGGUGAUCUAGGACGAUAUACUGAAUUAGCAUUCAAGCCAUGGGAUGGCACAUUUGCAGCCAGGAUCAAGCGUGCAAUUCCGAUGGAGAAGGUGGACAACCUACUCACCCAGCUGGCGGCGAGAUACCGAUUCUCUGACCCAGGUAUCAAACAGCAGCGUGACUGGCAUAUGAGCACGGACACUGAGCUGACGUACAUUCUCAGACGGCUCGAGUCGUGGGAGGCGAAGUGGUUCGUCAGACUGCUUCUGCGAGAGUAUCCUACGAUUUCUCUCGAUGAAACGCAUGUGUUUCGGCAGUACCACUUUCUUUUGCCUGAACUUUUGAAGUUCCAGAAUGAGUUUGACGCUGCCUUUCAGUUACUCCGAGGGGAAUUGAGUUGCUAUCCGCCGAGACCAGAGCUAUCUGUAGAGAACAAGAUGCGAUUGGAGGCUUCGCGGCUUCUCAAACCAACCGUAGGUGUCAAGGUUGCGCGUCCGCCUUUUCACAAGGCCUGGUCAUUCAAGCACUGUUACCAACUUGUUGGAAAGCGGGCUUGGGCCGCCGAAGUGAAGUACGAUGGAGAAUACUGUGAGUGUGAAAUCCAUGUCAAUCUAGACGCCACAGGAAACGACAUUCGGAUCUUUUCAAAGAAUGGUAAAGACGCCACGAUGGACCGAGAGGCUCUGCACAGCACUAUACGCGAUGCGUUACGGAUAGGAGAGCCCGACUGCAGCGUUCAACGAAACUGUAUUGUCUUAGCGGAAAUGGUACUAUACAGCGACAAGGAGCAAAAAGUCCUAUCGUUCUCAAAGAUCCGGAAGCACAUCAAACGAUCAGGAUCAUUUCUCGGAACACUUCAAGAUUCGCCUCCUCACGAAUGGGAACACCUCAUGCUCGUCUUCUUCGACGUGCUUGUGAUCGAUGAUGAGCCCGUCAUGCGUCAAUGUCUUCAAAAACGACGCCAAGUUUUGCGCAAGCUCGUCAGGAUUACUCCCGGUCGCUCUCUACGUUCCCAGUGGACUCUCUUAGAUUUCAAUAGCGAGCACGGAACCACCGAUCUUAAACAGGCCUUCGCACGAUCACUCGUCGAAAAGCAAGAAGGGCUGAUACUGAAGCCAUUAAGUACACCGUAUUUUCCACUCCACUCAGCCGAAGGCGUGUAUUGGCCAGGAUACUUCAUCAAGCUCAAGCGGGACUAUCUGGGUGAUAUGGGAGGUCAACGAGACCUGGGCGAUUUUGCCAUUAUUGGGGCAUGUUUUGACCCUCAGAGCGCACCCAAGACGGAUGUAAGGCCUCUUUAUUGGACUCAUUUCCACAUCGGAUGUGUCACGAAUAAGCUGGAGAUACAGCGCUCUCGGGCGAAACCCAAGUUCCAAGUAGUCGGUUGUCUUAGUCUCGAUAAGCAGAUACCAAAGAGCGACCUGAAGUACCUCAACCAGUUCGGCCGAUUCCAACAGAUAGACCUAGGUUCCAGCCGAUCGAUAGACGCGUUCGACAUCAAACAUGGUAAAGGUUUCGAGCAUCGCAUGACAGUAGCCUUCGGGAGUCCUUUUGUAGCCGAGAUCCUUGGAAGUGGCUUCGAAAAGGCCCAGAACGAGACUUUUGAAAUGCUCCGUCAUCCACGGAUAAAGAAGAUACACCACGACCGAACUUGGGAGGAUGCAGUAUCGAUGGAUGACUUACACCGCAUGGCAAAGGAGAAAUGGAAGGUUCCAGAUGCUGAAGAAUUGGACGGGCAUGCAAGAGACGUCGCUCUCCUCGCGAAGAAAUACCUUAACGAGAAGAACGGGUCACAGGGCACUGCUUCGGAAUGCGCAACGACCCAGGAAACGACCCAACGCAGCGAAGCUUCUACGGUUCGGACAUCAGCAUCCGCUUCAAAGGACGCUGUCGUUCAAGAGUCUCAGCAAGCCUCAGCACAUACAUGCACUACGAUUGCAUCAUCGCAAUGCUCAGGAAGCACACAGGGAAAUGGAGGACGCGCCUCACGGGAGCUGCGCAGCAUACUUGUGCGCGAGGAUACCUCCGACAGUCUUCAGAGACAAGAAACUGGCGCCGUAUAUCCUACACCGCACACAUGUUCCGUAGUGUCGGCAACGUCGAAACGCAGCUUCGACAGCAACGUCAUCAUCAGCCCACCGUCAGGCAAGCGGAGAAAGACUCGAAGCCCGCUGGCAGACGCUCGUGGGAACAGGACUCUUGGCUCGUUUAAUUUUGAUUCCCAGACGAAGGUUAUUCAUAUUUUUGCGGAAGAAGGCCUGAAGGUGCAGGUUCACACCGGGUCGCCCGCAGAAGAGUAG